AUGCCGGGCCGUCUUCUUUCCAGCCUCGUUCGCCCCUCCCUCUCUCACCACUCGAUCUUCCCUCACUCCAACUCUUCCUCAUCCUCGUCCGUAAACGAGGUAUCUCAAGCAGCACCUGCCAAGCAUUCGCAUAGCGACAGGCCGCACUCGCCGGAGCGUCGCCUUUCCUUCUCAAUGGACCACUUUAUCCACACCUACCGGGAUCACCACAAGGAAAAGCAUCGAAAGCACGCCCGCUCGAAGGAGCGUGGCAGCCAUGAAGACAAUGCAGCAUCAGCUAAACUCGAUGUCAUCGUGGAGUCUCCGCCCCUCGUAUGCUAUGGAACACCAGCCAACUCCACCGGUGCCCUAUUCUCCGGCCGCCUCAGAAUCACCGUGCCUCAAGUGACCGGCAUGGUCACCCUCGACAAGUUCGAUAUGCGGUUGAUGAUCAAAAAGACGACCAAGAAGCCUGUUUCGAGGGAUUGCCCCAACUGCGCCUCAAAGACCGAGGAAUUGACAAACUGGAACUUCUUGACCGAACCUCUUCAACUCAGGAGCGGUGAUCACGACUUCCCCUUUAGCUACCUGUUCCCAGGUAAUCUGCCGGCGUCGUGCAAUAGUUCCCUGGGACAGGUGGAAUACAUUCUCCAGGCGCACGGACACAAUAUCAAUGGCGAUGAUUACAACUUCAAAAUGCCCUUACACAUUAGGCGCGCUAUCCUUCCAGGAAACGACAAGUCCUCCAUUCGAAUUUUCCCUCCCACCAAUCUGACCGGCCGCAUCGUCCUCCCAUCUGUCGUUCACCCCAUCGGUACCUUCCCCGUUCAGAUGACAUUGAGCGGUGUUUUGGAUAAGGGCGACGAGACCCAGACCCGUUGGCGAUUGCGCAAAAUGAUGUGGCGGAUCGAAGAGCACCAGAAGAUCGUCUCGACUGCUUGCCCCAAGCACACGCACAAGAUUGGUGGUGAAGGAAAGGGCGUUCUGCAUCAGGAGACUCGCAUCAUCGGACACAACGAGGAGAAGGAUGGUUGGAAGACAGACUUUGAUACCGCCGGUGGCGAAAUCAGCAUGGAAUUCGAAGCCAACAUUAACCCUACCGCCAACCCUGUUUGUGAUCUCGAGGCUCCUGGUGGGCUGGAGACGAAGCACAACCUGGUCAUCGAAUUGAUAGUUGCUGAAGAGUUCUGCCCCAACCGCAACACCCGACUCAUCACCCCCACCGGAGCAGCCCGCGUUCUUCGCAUGCAGUUCAACCUACACGUUACCGAGAGAAGCGGGCUCGGUAUCAGCUGGGAUGAGGAAAUGCCGCCAGUCUACGAAGACGUUCCUGCCAGCCCUCCCGGAUACACCAUGUUGAACGGCAGCAGCAUUAUGGAGGAUUACCACGGAUCUCCACUGCCGUCCCCGGAAUACGAAGAACUGGAGCGUAUGGACUCUCUUCGACUGGAUAGUUCUUCCACCAAUUCUUCCUGCCGCGGACGAAGCCGACUUACGCCCGAUGAUUUGACCACCGGGCCUGCGGAAUUCGAAAGCCGGAACAGAGCCCCAUCCGCGAACUCUCAUACAUCUUGA